AUAUAUAUGCGACACGCUCUGUGAUUAUAUUAUAUUUUUACCUCCUAAAUUUUCUUGUGUCACGAGUUUUGAUGACAGUUGAAGUUCUGCUUGUAUUUAGAAUAGAUAGAUCUAGAUUUUAAGAUUUAGCCAGGAAGACGAAUGUAUAUGGUGAAAUACAAUUUUUUCUCGUAAUGUGGGACAGUUUGCAAGUUUCCGAAAAUGCCAAGCGUGAGGAUUUCGUUAAAACACAUACACAUCCUGUAGUUACUUGGACUUUUGGUGAUGUGUCGUCUGAUCGACCCAACCUACGAUCCUCAACAUACGAGCGGUUGUCCACUUCUAGAAGUCAAGAAUCGGAAGACAGUGGCGUCAAAACGUCAGUUUCCACUUCUCAUAACGAAGAUGAACCACCCGUCUCUCCUACUUUUACCAUCUCUGACGGCGCCAGGAAGAAGCGCUCGCGGAAGCUCUCUACCGUUUCCUCGGGACCGUCGCUUCGAUCAAUUCCCUCCUCCCCGCUGUUUGACUUCCCCACUUUUGACGAGUUAUUUGAAGGGAGCGGGAAGUGGAAUGUGAAGCUGUCGAUGCACCACAGUAAACCGGUGUUUCUCCACCAGCAGUCCUAUCCCGGACCAACGGUUCCAGAUUUAGAUGAGGACGCCGAUGAGGUGGAAAUUUCAGUACCGCACACAGAGGACAGACGAAAAUCUUUUAAAAAGCAGGACAGCACUAUGUCUCAGAACCUCAGUAUGUUAGUGUACAGCAGCUGGACGGGAUCCAAGGGGUUCCGAGGGUAUCGUGAUCGCUUAGGCAACGCACUGCACCACCGAUACUGCAUGUGUUGUAGAUUGGAAAGUACUCUCUUUAUCGGCCUCUAUUGCCUCGUUGGACUCUUCUUGACCUGCACGGGUAUUGUCUGUUUCCUGGAUUGCCCGGAUGAGAUUUUGGUUUCCUGUUAUCUCAUAUUGGAUGGAUUUUUGUCGGUGUUUGUAUUUCCCACGCUAAUAAUGGGAUGGACCAAACGCAUUGGUGGAUGUGUGGGAGAGCAAGAAAAAGUAGGGUCCGGGUCAUUUUGGAUCUCAGUUUUGGUCCUAAGAAUUCUUUUAACAGCAUCAGGAACCUUCGUCUGUGUUCACAGAUACUUUAUUGCCGAGCCGGUGUGGACUUCAACAACAUGUGAAUAUGAAUUCUACGCGCUUUUUGGAGGAGUGGUAUUCGAAUGGACAUUCUGUGCGACUGUGAUUCUUCUACCCACGUGUUUUUUCUGUAUUCUUUAUUUAUUUGCACCGUCAUAUGGAUCAAAAUCGGACAUGACUCUCAUUACAUGAUAUGAUCCCUGAUUAUAUAGAGUUCAUCGUUUCAUGUAGAGAAACAGUCAGAUAAAUGAAGAAAAGUUAUAUGUUCACGAUUGUAUGUAUUGACAGGGUAUUGUGAGCUUCCUUUCUUGCUAUAUGUAAAGUACAAUAUUUAUGAGCAGACAUUAUGUGAAUUUUCAAUGUUUUUGUUCUCGAUAUCUUUAUAAAUUUGCCAUUUUCUCGUGAAUGCGUUGCAGUUGUGAACAAGCAUGCAUGAAUCUUGAUAAAUAUAUAACGUCUACGGAUGGGAAUUCUGACAGAAAUAUAAAUAAAAGAAAUAAAUAUUAGGUUUGAAAAUGCGACGCUUCACGCCGGUAUACUUUUCCGGCGUGACGUUCUUAAUGAAAAGUAGUGCCGGCAUGCAGGCGUCGCAGUUCAUACCCUAAUAUAUUUUCAAAAAUGAAAUCUAUUUCUUAAAUAAUAUAAAAUCUAUGAAAUAAUAUGUAAUGUACUAAAAUAUUGUUUAUUAUAGUAAACCCAGAUUCUGUAUAUAUCAAGUUAUGCAAGUCAGCGUGUCAUCAGGUUUCUAAAUAAAAAUUCCAGUUACUGUAA